CAUCGUCUUCAUCGGUGUUGUUGUCACCGUUACCGAGCAUACUAUCAUCUUCGAUGCCAUUUUCCCACCCCGCUUCAUCAAUUACUACUUCCUUAUCACAACCUCCGUUUCCACCACCACAGCAACCAUCAUCAUCAUUAGCAUCCUCAUCACCUAUUAUUAUUACCAAGGCAUCUCAUCCAUCAUCAACACAGCAAAAAAUGCGAAUAUGCGAUUUGCUUAAUUAGGGAGGAAAGGGGACGCACGCUUUCAAUAUCUUCUGGGGGACUUCUGGAGCUGGAGCGAAAAUCAUAAUUUGGCUUUGUCAUUUCCAACACCUUUUUACCCGACCACGCUCACAUGAAAAAAAGAAUUUGCUAUCGAUAACCCUUGUUCCUCUUUCCUUGUUCUCUUCUCUUCCACCUCCACACAACACCCCCCCCCCCUCCUCUUCCAUGGCAAGCUCAGUAAAGUCCACCGCCACCGAUGUAAUACCAUUCGAGCAAUUCAAGCUCCCACCUGUCGGCCAUGCUGUUUCGGGUGUUGUGGGCUCCACCAUUGCAAACUUGUUCAUUUACCCACUUGACAUUUCGACGACUCGUUUACAAUUAGAAAACAAGACCAAGAAGCGAGGAAUAGUAGAAGUGAUCACCUCGAUCUACAAAGAAGGAGGAUUCAAAGCGCUCUACGCAGGACUUGGCGCCGACACGCUUGCGACCGUACUUUCCAGCUUCAUCUACUUUUAUUGCUACACAGCCCUUCGAAACGUACAAGAGAAACUCAACACCAACUUGGGAAACAAAGCACAGCUGAAUGUAGCUCAAGAACUGUUUCUCGGUGCCGAGGCAGCGCUCAUCUCUCGGUUCUUUACCACACCCGUAUCGAACGUGACGACUCGUCUCCAAACGGCUGGCAAGGAAUGCAAAGGAUUCAAGCAGACAGUGCGGGACAUUUAUGAGGAAAGAGGUGGUUUGAAGGGAUUUUGGACGGGAUAUCGCGCGUCCAUCUUGCUCGUGUCAAACCCCUCCAUUACCUACUUUGUCUUUGAAAAGGCCAAGGCAUUCUACCUGCGCGCAUACAAAAAGACGUCGUUGGGGUCGGUGGAGGUGUUUUUGCUCUCGGCAUUGGCAAAGACGGUCGCUACUAUGGUCACCUAUCCGUUCAUCUUUAUCCGCACAAACAUGGUCGCCGAGACCAGCGAUGCCAAGGGCAAGGGCAAGGGUACGCCCGUUGACAAAAAGGAGGGAAUGAUUGCAUUGAUGAAGCAUGUGAUUCAACGUGAUGGUCCUGCGGGUCUCUACAAGGGUAUGCGCGCACAGAUCACCAAAGGCUUCUUCAACCAGGGCAUCAUGUACAUGAUCAAGGAUCGUGUGGCAUCUUACUUGGCACUGGCAUUCUAUACCUCAAUGAUACUUAAACGACGAGCACUCCAGCAGUAAAAACAAAAAGCAUAUAAAUAAAACAAACCAUAUUAAUAGAACCUGUCAAUUUGCCGUCUCUCUCUCUCUCUCUCUCUCUCUCUCCAUUUGCAUGAAAUACAUAAAACCGGAACAAUUUUGAAGCG